AUGGCGAUCUGUACCUUCAGCGCACGGACGCUUGCAUCGGAAGCGUGUAUAGAAGAUCUGAUGAUGCAAGCUAGGAAGAUCGAGUACGACGUUAUCGGACUGACCGAGGCGAGAAGGCAUCGCCCGCUGCACGCUGUAUUUGAGAAUGGAAAAGAACUGUUCUUUGGAAAAUGCGACAGCAGAGGCGUCGGCGGCGUAGGUGUCGUCGUCAGUACACACUUGGCCAUGAACAUCGAUUCGCAACGAAAGCUUAACAACCCGAAUCGGACGUUUGCGAUUAAGAAGAUGUGGCUCAACUCCAGCUCUGACCAUCUUCGUUGCUUACGCACCAUCAUCGAGAGGAGAGGAGUUGGAAGCAUUUUACAUGGACCUGGAGGGGCUCUAUAG